UAAUCCCUGACCCAGACAGCUUCCUGGGAGAAUCCCAAAGACCUUUGCCUCCCCUUCCUGAGCCUCUGGGCAAGGAGGGAGGGAUCUUGGUUCCAGGGUCUUGGUACCCCCUGUGCCAUUUGAGCUGCUUGCGUUCAUCAUCUCUAUUAAUAACCACCCUCCCUCCCCCACUGCCAGUGCUGCCCCCACGCCUGCCCAGCUCGGGUUCUCCCGUCACAGCAGCUCAGUCCUCCAAAGCUGCUGGACCCCAGGGAGAGCUGACCACCGCCUGAGCAGCCGGCUCCACCCACCUCCACAAUGCCGCUCUCAGGGACCCCAGCCCCAAACAAGAAGAGGAAAUCCAGCAAGCUGAUCAUGGAACUCACUGGAGGUAUGGCAUGUUUGUACCUGACUGGUGUGGGAUUUAUUAAGAGGAUCUCGGGGGAGUUCCCUGGUGGUCUAGUGGUUAGGAUUUGGUGCUUUCAUCACUGUGGCCUGAGUGUAGUCCUUGGUUGGGGAAAUGAGAUCCCACUUCAAGCCACUGCACAUGGGCCAAAACAAAAAAGGAAAAAAAAGAGUAUCUCUGCCCCAAGAGUUCCAGAAAUAUUAUACAUUUAUACAUGUAUUAGGGUGAAAAGAUAUGAAGAGACAAGAGGAACUGAGGAGGGAAGGUGGGGGGAGGGAGAAAGAGGGAGAAAGAAUUCAACUCUGACUACUCACCCUUCCACCCUUUUCACCUUGUAAUCUGAGACAAUAACACCCAUGCCAUGUUACCCAGCACAGGUCCAGGACAACAGGACCCACAGGUCAGUGAGGUAUGUUUGAGGAGAAAAAAUAUACACGGAGACUGGCAUGGAAUAAGGUCUCAAUAAGUGGUUAAUUUCCUUACAUCUUUCCCCAGAGCUUAGGAGCCUUGUACAAGCACUUAAAAUGGAAAAUUGCUCAAGCAUUUUUCCUGAGGGUGGUAGGAGUACGUGCGUAUGAAGAGCUCUCCCAAUACCUAGAGGCUGUUUGCAGCCAGAGUUCACUGAGGGGAAGAAAAGGGAAAGGGGUUAAGACAGCAGACUAUAUUUAGAGGUGGCCUUUGGGCUUUCCCCCAUGCUAUAGUUUCCCCAGUGACCUCCAUCUGUGGUGUUUCUUGACUCUUUUGCCCUGUACCCCAUACCCUUUCACCCCAUUCACCCUCGUCACUACACUCUAGUAUCCCCACUGUCUCCACUCUGCACCCCAGUUCCCAUGCAUUCUCUCCAGCUCCAAAUCCAGGAAAUCAAAAGCCCUGUUAAACUAGAUAGCAUUUGAUCAGACAUCACAGACAAGGUCUGCUUCCCUCAGCGAUGUCUGCUGGGAAACACACACUUUGCUGUGGAUGGCGGAUGCAUUUGGAGCCUAGAAAAACCCUGCUUUCCUCUUUUCCUUGCUUCUGCAUCCCCACUUCCCUGAAAGGUGGACAGGAGAGCUCAGGCCUGAACCUGGGCAAGAAGAUCAGUGUCCCAAGGGAUGUGAUGUUGGAGGAGUUGUCGCUGCUCACUAACCGGGGCUCUAAGAUGUUCAAACUACGGCAAAUGAGGGUGGAGAAGUUUAUCUAUGAAAAUCACCCUGAUGUCUUCUCUGACAGCUCAAUGGAUCACUUCCAGAAGUUCCUUCCCACAGUGGGGGGACAGCUGGGUACAGCUGGUCAGGGAUUCUCCUACAGCAAGGGCAGCAGUGGAGGCCAGGCAGGGGGAAGCAGCUCUGCCGGACAGUAUGGAUCUGGCCAGCAGCAUCAUCAUCAGGGGUCUGGGUCUGGAUCUGGGGGUGCAGGUGGUCCUGGGAGCCAGACUGGCAGAGGAGGAGAUGCUGGCACAACAGGGGUUGGUGAGACAGGAACAGGAGAUCAAGCAGGUGGAGAAGGAAAACAUAUCACUGUGUUUAAGACCUAUAUUUCCCCAUGGGAGAAAGCCAUGGGGGUUGACCCCCACCAAAAAGUGGAGCUUGGCAUUGAUCUGCUGGCCUAUGGGGCCAAAGCUGAACUCCCUCAGUAUAAGUCCUUCAACAGGACAGCAAUGCCUUAUGGUGGAUAUGAGAAAGCCUCUAAACGCAUGACCUUCCAGAUGCCCAAGUUUGACCUGGGCCCCUUGCUGAGUGAACCCCUGGUCCUCUACAACCAGAACCUCUCCAACAGGCCUUCUUUCAAUCGAACCCCUAUUCCCUGGCUGAGCUCCGGGGAGCCUGUAGACUACAACGUGGAUAUUGGCAUCCCCUUGGAUGGAGAAACAGAGGAGCUGUGAGGUGUUUCCACCUCUCCUUUGCAUCAUGUUUCCCCUCUCUGGUUCCAAUUUGGAGAGGGAAUGCUGAGUAGGAUAUCCCCACUGAAAAUCCAGUAUCCUUGUGGGAAUGGAGGGGAAAAGGAGGGAGAGAUCUGCCUUUUCAUCCUUCACUCCAAGUCCCCACUCCAAGCAUCCUUUCUCACCAGCUCAGAGCUUCCCUUCACUUGCUCUGUAUGGAAACUGCUCUUUUAUGAAUUUGCUCUGCCACCGGUAACAGCUAAUAAAUUUCAAGGAAAUGA